AGUAACGUGACACGCGGCUGUCACAUGUGGUGUAUAUCCCUGAAAAUACCGCGACGUGGGCAACGUGAACAUCUGUGUUGUAGGCGGUUUUGACAAGCCGAAGAACAAGGAUGGACGUGCUCAAAGUACAAAAUCCGGACCUCGCUCAGGCCAUCGAAUGGACCAAGGAGACUAUCGAGACGAUGAUUACGAGGUCGUUUACGAAUGCUGCUGUGCGACGAUCAAUAUGGAGCAAUGCCCCGGCUAAGCAGCACCCUCUCAAGGACGUAUUCUUCACCGUUAAGGGAGACACACACGUAGAGUUGACGAACCUCAAACUUCUGCGUGAGCCGGAUUUCCGGUUUACCAGCGUAACCGCGCGAUUCGAGUUCCUCUUCUUGGCAGCUGAAAUCGACGUCGGUGAUUUGGAGGUGUCGGGAGAAUUUUUCGUGCAAAACACUGCCCUUAACGCUUUUCUGCCUUUGACCACAUCUGGUCAAAUUUCAAUAAUUUUCAAAAAUGUUAAGGCAAAAGGGUCAAUCGGAGUUUAUCCAAUAGAGGACUGUUUCCUGACCAACAACAGCUACGCCAUCGAGUAUAAACCGGAGAAAGUCCUCAUAAAAACUACGUAUCGCGAUAGCGAGGGCGAGAUAAGCGGUCAACUCGACAGGGAUGAACUUUCUGAUACCUUGGGUGCUCACUUGUGGAUGGAUCUCACCAGUCGCUUGAAUCACUUGCUCAAAAUGGAGCUCGAUGAAGUUAUCGUUGAAUUAUCUGCCUGCGAUCUUCUCCAAGGCGAGUCUGAUUUAGUCGAUGCCAUAACGGAGCACAGCAAAGCGGUGAAUGUGGUGACAAACGACAUAUUCGAUAAAAUUCUCGCCAACGCGAAUAACCGAAUCAACGAACUCAAAGUCUCAACCAUACCGACACCGGACAUCGAUGCUUCUUUUACAAAGAAAUUAGCUGGAGUCGUGACGACGGGUCGUUUCACUGCGAGGAAUGGCAUCUUCCAGAAUCUGGCCACGAUAUCCAGGAAGGGCAACGUCAGUAUCGCAGUCGAGGAUGGAAAUAUCGUUAUAUUUGGGACAGUCGGUCUGGCAGAGCUCAAGAUCUCUUACGACCAUUACGAGGCGAAGUUGAUGGACGUUGGACCGACAGGCGCUAUACAGACAACCGUCGGUCGUAAUGAGGCUCUCUUUAAGUUUGUCCUCGAUAAAAAGGACCAGGACGUAAAGAUCCGUUUGGCAGAUUUCAAGAUCACAAACAUCAGCGACGUUGAAGCCCAUGUAACGGGUCUGGGAGGUUUGAAUUGGUUGGCGUCAAAGAUUUCAUCCUGGAUGGCAAGCACCCUGCGUUGGAAAGUGGCACCGGUCAUCGAGGCAAGGGUCAAAGAAAACAUCAAUAAAGUUCUGGAAGAUUUCAACGUCAGUGCUUUACUCACCAAAUGACUAUUCGUGUAUCGGGGUGUCGCAGCUGAUGCGGCGACCGAAACGACGGUUGCACUCGCCGUUAAUAUACCGAGGAAUAACCCAUUCUUUUUCAGCGAUAUUUUCAACAUGAAUUUCUUUUUUUGAAAUUAUAUAUCGCCACCAGUUUAACCUUGGCGUUUAUUUCUACCUUGAAUUGAGAUGUAAGGAAUUUUUGAAAACGAUUAAUGGUACCUUAAAUCAUAGUGCAGGAUUAAUUCGGGCAGCAGAGUUGUUAAUCAAGCAGGAAACGUUUGAGCUUGGCACGAUUUAUCGCAGUUUUCUUACUCGUAGUUUCACCAAACUUUCGAAUUUACUUUAUUGUUACGUUGUUGUUAAAAUUGUUAUUUGUAUUAUUAUAUUCACUACACUUUACCUACUAAGCAAUUAAUUUGCCUGUUUUUAAUCUGUUUAACCUGUUAACGGCGGGGAUGUAUCAUUUCAAGUCGCCUUUUUGUCAGACGUGAAAUUUAUAAAUAAGUUCAAUUAAUUCCUUAUUUGAAGUCCCCAAACUGCCGUCAACAGGUUAACACGUCUUAUUACUAUUCAUGUCGAUAUCUAUAUAUUCUGUAAGUAUUCUAACUCUUCGUUAUGCGUUAUGUUUCACAAAUACGCAAAUUUUUUAUGCGUACUUUAAAAUGAAGAGUAAAUCUUGAAGCGUAUGUUGAUGAUAUACAUACUUAUAUGGUGCAUAUUUGAGAUUCCAUGAUAUCGAUGUAUUAGAUGUAAGAAGAAUUUAUAUAUUUUUAAUUUAUACAACCCUUUAUAUGAUAAUUAUCUUAUCGAUUUUUGCAUUUCUAUAAUGCGGUUUGUGAUGAAUCGUUAUGAUACAUUGUUGAUAUACCAAAAUACUUAAUAAAUACACGAGCAAUAAUUAUUUUAACAUAUAAUUAAAAUGAAAAUGAAACUACAGGUUCAUUAUCCACGAAAACAUUAUCAUAUGUCUAUCAAUAUUCAUAAUGUAAUAGCGGGUAUUAAUUAUCAGUACUUCUUGUUCUACGGGAUUUUGUGUGAAAUUGUACAUCCCAGUAUCUUAUAUGUAUGUAUAAUGCAGUUAUGAAAUAUUUGUUUUUGUUAAUUGAACAAAAUAAAAAAUCUUUUUUGAAUCAAAUAAAAG